UCCUGCUGCAGUCACACACACACACACACACACACACACACAGCAUCCUGCUCGCGCUCAGGACGGGACACAGCUGAGUUUGCUCCUCAUUCACUACACCGGCAGGCUGCGGAGGAAGCCGCGCGAGCACCUGGAAAAGGAUCCGGUGGACGAUCAGCAGAAGAGAAGGAGCAGGAGCUGUGGAGAAGUGUCAUCAGGUUCAGCACAAACAGGAGUAAUAUAAGUGGCAGCUACUGAAGAGCCUGGGGCGUCUUCUUUUCUGGAACAGUGUUGUUGUAUUCUUCUUCCAGUAAGGGAGGAGGAAGAGGAACUGUGGCUAACCUGCAGCCAUGCACCGCUUAAGGACUACAUUUGCAAGGCUUCGGCCUUUAACAGCUGCGCAGACAGCCCAGAGCCAAUUGCAGCCCAGACUGCUGGUGAUCGAGGGGGGUUUAAGGACAUUUAAGCCUGCGAGGUGCCAGAACACAUCCGUGGCUGCUGAGCCCUUUCUCAAUGGCACCAGCUCUAACUAUGUGGAGGAGAUGUACUAUGCAUGGCUGGAAAACCCCAGGAAUGUGCACAAGUCCUGGGAUAUAUUUUUCCGUAACGCUAACGCUGGGGCUCCGCCUGGUGCAGCCUACCAGAGCCCUCCACCCCUCAGUGGGACUUCUCAGGGACUGGCUAGUGCCCGGGCACUGGUGGGGGCUCAGCCCAAUGUGGCAAAACUGGUGGCGGAUCAUCUAGCUGUACAAUCACUCAUACGAGCAUAUCAGGUACGAGGGCAUCACAUAGCGAAGCUGGACCCCCUGGACAUCAGCUGUGUAGACUUUGAUGAUGCCCCGUGCACCAUUGGUUUCCAGAACGUUGGUGUUUACGGUCUGGUUGAAUCAGACCUGGACAAGGUGUUCCGGCUUCCCACCACCACCUUCAUCGGCGGCAACGAGAGCUCGUUGCCUCUCAGAGAGAUUAUACGACGCCUGGAGAUGGCCUACUGUCAACAUAUCGGAGUAGAGUUCAUGUUCAUUAACGACGUGGAACAGUGCCAGUGGAUCAGACAGAAGUUUGAGACACCAGGAGUCAUGCAGUUCAGUCUGGAGGAGAAGAGGACUCUUCUGGGCAGAAUGAUCCGAUCCACAAGGUUUGAGGAGUUCCUCCAGAGGAAGUGGUCUUCGGAGAAACGAUUCGGUCUGGAGGGUUGUGAAUCGCUCAUCCCAGCUCUCAAAACCAUCAUCGACAAGUCCAGUCAGAGCGGAGUGGAGAGCGUGAUAAUGGGGAUGCCCCACAGGGGGAGGCUGAACGUGCUGGCUAACGUGAUCCGAAAGGACCUGGACCAAAUCUUCUGCCAGUUCGACUCUAAACUAGAAGCAGCUGAUGAGGGUUCUGGUGAUGUGAAAUAUCACUUGGGGAUGUAUCACAAGAGGAUGAACCGGGUCAGCGACCGGGAAAUCACAAUGUCACUUAUGGCAAACCCGUCCCACCUGGAAGCGGUGGACCCAGUGGUGCAGGGAAAAACCAAAGCUGUGCAGUUCUACUGUGGAGACACAGAGGGCAAGAGGGUGAUGUCUAUUCUGCUUCACGGUGAUGCUGCAUUUGCAGGCCAGGGUAUCGUGUACGAGACGUUCCACCUGUCUGACCUGCCGUCCUACACCACACACGGCACAAUACACGUGGUGGUCAACAACCAGAUCGGUUUCACCACAGAUCCCAGGAUGGCACGUUCAUCUCCUUAUCCCACAGAUGUCGCACGAGUGGUCAACGCUCCUAUCUUCCACGUCAAUGCAGACGACCCAGAGGCUGUGAUGUAUGUGUGUAAAGUAGCAGCUGAGUGGAGGAACACCUUCCAUAAAGAUGUAGUCGUAGACUUGGUCUGUUACAGACGUAACGGCCACAAUGAGAUGGACGAGCCGAUGUUCACCCAGCCGCUGAUGUACAAGCAGAUCAAGAAGCAGAAAGGCGUCCUGCAGAAGUUUGCUGAGAAAGUCAUCGCUGAGGGAGUCAUCACGGCACAGGCGUAUGAGGAGGAAAUAGCGAGGUACGACAAAAUCUGUGAAGACGCUUAUGCUCGUUCCAAAGAUGAGAAGAUCCUUCACAUCAAACACUGGCUGGACUCACCAUGGCCCGAGUUUUUCACACUGGAGGGACAGCCCAAAACUAUGAACUGCCCUGCCACUGGCAUCACUGAAGAAGAGCUCAUCCAUAUUGGAAACAUUGCUUCCUCUGUGCCAGAGGAAGACUUCACGAUACAUGGAGGUUUGAGUCGCAUCCUAAAGGGCCGUGCUAACAUGGUGAACCAGCGAGUGUGUGACUGGGCUCUUGGGGAGUAUAUGGCCUUUGGCUCUCUGCUCAAAGAGGGGAUCCACGUACGCCUCAGUGGACAGGAUGUGGAGAGGGGCACGUUCAGCCAUCGACACCAUGUUCUUCACGACCAGAACGUUGAUAAGAGGAUCUGCAUCCCAAUGAACUACAUCUCCCCUGAUCAAGCUCCUUACACUGUCUGCAACAGCUCUCUGUCCGAGUAUGGAGUGCUGGGUUUUGAAUUAGGCUUCGCCAUGGCCAGUCCCAACGCGCUGGUGCUGUGGGAGGCCCAGUUCGGAGACUUCCACAACACGGCUCAGUGUAUCAUCGACCAGUUCAUCAGCUCGGGUCAGGCCAAGUGGGUCAGACAGAACGGCAUCGUGCUGCUGCUUCCUCACGGCAUGGAGGGAAUGGGUCCAGAGCACUCGUCUGCCCGGCCUGAAAGGUUUCUACAAAUGUGCAAUGAUGACCGCGAUGUCUUUCCUGAACUGACAGAGGACUUUGCAGUGCGUCAGCUGAACGACUGUAACUGGAUCGUUGUCAACUGCUCCACUCCUGCAAACUACUUCCACGUCCUCCGUAGACAGAUCCUGCAGCCCUUCAGGAAGCCUCUGAUAGUGUUUACUCCCAAGUCUCUGCUGCGCCACCCUGAGGCCAAGUCCAGCUUUAACGACAUGCUGCCAGCCACACACUUCAAGCGUAUCAUCCCAGACAACGGGCCUGCAGCUGCCAGCCCAGAAAAAGUCAAGAGAGUCAUUUUCUGCACGGGAAAGAUCUACUAUGAACUGGCCCGAGAGCGCCAAAACAGAGGCAUGGAUGAUGCUGUCGCUAUUGUUCGCAUCGAACAGCUCUCACCCUUCCCGUUUGACCUGGUGAAAGCAGAGACUGAUCGUUAUCCAAAUGCUGAUCUGAUGUGGUGUCAGGAGGAGCACAAGAACCAGGGCUACUACAACUACGUCAAGCCCCGUAUCCGCACUACCAUCAAACGCACCCAGCCCGUCUGGUACGCUGGUCGUGACCCUGCAGCAGCUCCAGCUACUGGAAACAAGCAGACUCACCUCAUGGAGCUGCAGCGUUUACUGGACACAGCGUUCGACCUGGAAGCUUUCUCAGGAAAAGUGUAACAGCUGGUUUACACCUCCCUCCCUCCCUCCCUCCACGCUCCCACACAUUUGAUUCACCCUGCCGUCAAGCUUCAGGUCUUCAGCGCAGGUUCCCCCCCAUGAGACUGGCUUUGCAUUGAUGUGUGUUCUUCCUCAGUAUAUUUACAUAUCAGACCUGAUAUCAGGUGGAAUCUCUAAACUAAACGCACAAUGACUUCUAACACUGUUACCAUGACGACCUCGUGUUCACAGUGAUGGACACCACUACAGAAUAUAAUGCAGGUUAAAACAACAGCAUUGAAUGUAUGAAUUUAUACAACAUUAAUUUGUAAGACAAAGAGUUUUAUCUUCUUUUUUCAUUUGCUCUUAUUUUUACACAAUCAUGUCAACCUGCUCCGCAAAUCCAGAAUCAACCAUUACACUGUGUGCAAUAAUAAAGAGUUAGGUCGGGCAGCCAGAGGAAAUGUAGAAAGCAAUGAUGGACAUUUUUUACGGGAUAGUUUGACAUUUUGGGAAAUAAGUUCAUUCACCUUCUUGGAGAGCGCUAGAGGAGACUGUACUCGUCUCUUACCAGUCAGUUAGCUUAGCUUAGCAUAAAGACUGGAAGUCCAAAGGUGACACAAUCUGUUUAAGAGCACCUCUAGCACUCACUAAUUCACACGUUAUAUCUUAUUUGUUUAUCCAUACAAGAAUCAAAUUGUUGAAAUGACAAUUCAUGUUUUUAAACGGGUUUAUUUGCUGCACUUUUUCUUGGCUGGGCGCUUUGACUUUUGUUAAAAAAAAAAAAAAAAGGCAUUAAAUUUAUUACAGUAAAUUAAAAAUAAGGCCCCAAUUGGUACGAAAAUGUCUUAAAUCCAUAUUUAAAAAUCUUAACCCUCAUAAUCCUGUUUAAAAUAAAAAUAAAAAAAAAAACUAGAAGCUAUAAACUAUUUGCAAUGGAAAGCUAAGACUUCCGUCUUUUGUGCCAUCACAUUGUUUGUGUGCGAUGACGACAUUACGUUAUGCUACAAGCGGUCCAAAAGACAGUGAAAAUAUGCAGUGACGUCAGAGUGUUGUGCGGUCAUGGCUGUGGGAGAUUGUCAUUUACAUGAUCCUGUUUAAAAUCAAUCUAAAAUAAAAACCGUAAUAGCCAGAGCGUUCUUUUUGCAGCAGUAGCAGCAGCAGCAAGUUGCACAUUGUGUUCUACCUUAAGCCCCUUUUUAAACAGGAAUUGUGCAAAUUUGCAGGAAAGCCCAAUCAGUCUUCUUUCAGCAUUGGCAGUAUAAAAACAAAAUCGGGGAGUGCAGCAAAAUGCCGCCUACCUACUUUUGUUUAUACAGAAUGUGCCUUUUUCGGGGCAAUGGGGGGCGUGAGCAAGUAACAAAACGUGUAGCUCAGCGUGUGACGUAAACAGUGACGUGGGAGGGAAGCCGCGGCUGGUCAGUUCUUCGGCGAUUCUCUCGUAAGUUGGUCCGUCCUUCACCGUCCCCGUCAUCUGACGGUUAAUGACCUCUUCAUUUGCGAGGACAAGGAGGGCGCACAAUUCCUUGUCUCCCCAGUUGCUCAUCUUUACAGUGUCUGUCAGGUUUGUGUUUCCCUCUUGCUACUAGCUGCUCGCUAAUUCCUGCUAUCAGCUGUUUCCUGUUUAUCCACCGCCAGUGGCUCGCACGUGCGGCGUCAUCAACAGCUCCUCCCACAAGUCAUCAACAGCUCCUCCCACAAGUCAUCAACAGCCCCUCCUGUGGCGGAAGGCGGCCUCGUUCUUUUUAAACCAAAAAGGUUCCACCAAUAUAGACCCGUUUCCACUGAAGAAGUUCCUGGUACUAUUUGGGGGGCAGGAACUUUACAGGAACGUCCUCUCGCUCGGCCCUCUCAACCGCCAUGUCUCCACUGAGAGGGCGGAGUAGGAGGAAGGUUCCUGUAAAGUUACCGGGCUCUGGAUGUGACGUAAUCGUUGCACGACCAUUUUGACCGGGGCGACGCGGCAAAGAAACAACGAUUUGUCUUCCAUUUCUUGCUUUUCUUCUUGCGACUCCUUUUAAAAAUGUGACUCCUUGUCUGAUGAGUUUUAAAAAUGCCGGCUAUUUUGUCGCUUUCUUUUGACGUCACAUCCCGCCUUGAGUAUAUCCAAUCAGCACCAAGUAAACCCCAAGCCCCACCCAGGAGUUUUUCGGGGCCGUUGUGAGUACCAAUUGUGAGGCAGGGACUGUAAAAGUUCCAGAACUCUGUCCUUCGGGGGUGGUUCCUGCGGUGGAGACACGCACACGCUGUAUCCAGUCUUUAUGCUAAGCUAGGCUAACCAGCUUCAUAUUUAGCGUACAGACAUGACAGUGGUUUCAACUGUCUCAUCUAACUCUCAUCAAGAAAGUGAAUCAGUGUAUGUCCCCAAAAUGUCAAACUAUUUCCUUUAACCAGGGAUGCACAAUACUGGAUGCACUUUUUUCUCUCCUAAUUCCACUGAACAUCAAGUCUCUCCUGUCGUGGAGUUAACACAUUAUUAUCCCUACUCGCAUUGUGACUGCCCACUGACAGACUCAUAAAACACACUACUUUUAAAUCAUAAGAAAACUGCUUCAACUCAGGUUACAUGUUCAACAUGCAGUAUUUAUAUUUAUGGAACAUUUUCAAACUAAACUGCACAAUUCUACUCUUACAGGCUUAGAUAACGUUCUCUCUGAGAUACACUAAAGACACAUAAUUAAAGCGUCAUCUGAUCAGCCUGUCACAGUGGCAGGAAUUCAUUUUAAAGCCUUUAUCUACUGACACAGAUGACGUGCCAGUAUUGUCGUGCAUUCCUACUUUAAACUGGAUUUGAACAUGUGGCAGUGUUUCACAGCUAAAGUGAGAUAGUGACCACAUGAGCGUCAUAACCUGGGACUGGUGAUAAUUUGAAAUGUUUAGGCCAAGUAACGAUUGCUGAACAGUAGUAGGGCCAUUUUGAUUAGCUUUUAUAAUGUUUGAGUCAGCGCCCACAUGAUAACUGUGACAAAAUGAGACAUUAAUGUUUACCUUUAGUUAAAAAUCUUGUUUCAGUCUGUAAAGAAACAAAUCGAAGGGGCUCCACAUAUUUCUGCACUUUUAUCUGAGUUCAGCUGUGACUUUAAAUGACUCUGUGAGGGGAGGCUUCAUACAUCAUUUACCACAAACACACCUCUUCUUUUACAGUUCAUUUCUUUCUCAUAUACUCAGCUUUGUUUUCUCUAUUUAUUAUUUCCUCCCUGGUUGACUCACCGUCCGGCCUCGGCCUCGUCACUGUAUGUUUACGUCUUUGUUUGUGCCAAAUCUAACAGAUGACUUGAAAUUAUAUUUCAGUACAGAAAUCAUGCCAAUGCAAAGAGAGAGACUUGUGUAAAGACAUGAUGAGAUUCCUCAGCUCCUCAGAUUUGAAGGAUGUAUUUAUUUUCAUAAAGUGUUUUAUGUUUUAUUGUUUUCGAUAAAUAAAGAUUAUAGUUCCUGGUGAACGCGGCUGUCGUUGU